AUUGCAAAAACGUGUACUCAACUUCAUGGGAUGUGACAGCCAAUGGGGGCCGAGCCGCUCUCGGGAGACAGCUGUUAAAAGGGGCUGAGCGGAUGAGCAGCCAGAGAAACUCAGCAGAGAGAGAGAGAGAGAGAGCGAGAGAAAGAAAGAAAGAAAGUCUAAUCUCAAGUUUGCAGGGAUUCCCAGAGAGGGCUGUGAACUGGGAGCCCGUUUCUAGAGGGAAUAACUUGACCUCUUCCUGGUGGGAACUUUUUCUGCUAUUUCUUUGCAAAAAGGAGAAGAAAAACCUUCUCUAUUUUUUUUCUCAACCAAGAUUUGAAAACUAGAGCCAGCCUCGUCCUGCUGGGACUCUACAAAGUCCCCCAGGAUCUGGCCCGCCCUGCAGUUUGCCGAAGGAAUAUUCCGGGGAAGGUCUGGGACUUGAAACAAAAGAGCUGAGAAGACGUUUUAUAAACUAUUUGAAGAGCCAGCCAGCCAGCGCGCGCCUCCUCUGGCUCCGGGUCAGCAUCUGCCGCGAACCUCCCCGAGCGCACAGCCCGCUUGCCAAUGGCUGGCUCGUCUAGGAGCCGCUGUUAGGCGCUGCCCUGUGCCAGGUGCUGCUGAGAGCGGUUGACAGAGCGGAUCUCCAGAGCACGAGCCCCGGGUCCUUGUUGUUAAUUACAGCUGCUGUUGCUAGUUAAGGGAAAGUCCCAGGGCCUCCCCACGGCAGUGUAACAUCACAGAGCUUUUGUGAUCGUAUUUUGUUCCCCAUCUACCCUUGUGCCCCCAUGGGAAGCCCACUCUGUGCGACGCUGAUGCUUCUCAUUGCUGCCGGCUGCCACCUCGUGCUGGCAUCAGGGGAGCGAGCCGGUGCUGGUGGCUACAGGGAGGAAAUCGUGUUUCCGGAGCGCCUGGCGGGCAAGUCUGGGGAGGGGCUGGGCGGCAGCCCCAGCCAGUGGCUUCUCUACCGCAUCCGCACCUUGGGGGAAGACCUAGUCCUGGACCUGGAGUGGGACCCCAGCUUCCUGGUGGAGGGGCUGACUGUGCAGUACCUGGGCAGGAGAGGGCAGCCAGCCGCGGUCGACGGGACGACCGAGCCAGGGAGCUACUACACCGGCACGGUGUAGUCUGACCCAGACUCCGUCGCGGCGGUGAACUAUGACGGGGUGUCGCUGCUGGGGGUGCUGCAGUACCACGGCGCCGAGUACCACGUGCAGCCCCUGGAUGGGGGAGCGCCCAAUGCCGCAGAUGGAGCCGGUGCCCACGUGCUCAGGAAGAAGAUACCUGAGAAAGCCAAUGGCACCAUGUGUAGUGUGGGUGCCCAGGCUCUGGGCAUGGCUCCAGCCAGCGGAAGGGAGCCCCGCGCCGCAGCAGCGUCCUCGAGGAGAGCAAAGCGGUUCGCCUCGGUGCCACGCUACGUGGAGACGCUGGUGGUGGCGGACGAGCACAUGGCCCAGUUCCACGGCGCCGGGCUCAACCGCUACCUGCUGACCGUCAUGGCCGCUACUGCCAAGUUCUUCCGCCACGCAAGCCUGCGGAACCCGGUGACGCUGGUGGUGACGCGGCUGGUGGUGCUGGGGCCCGGCGAGGACGGGCUGCAGGUCACGGCCAACGCUGCCCAGAUGCUGCGCAACUUCUGCCAGUGGCAAAAGGGACUCAACAAGCCGGACGAUGCGGAUUCAGAGCAUUUCGACACAGCCAUCUUCUUUACCCGGCAGAACCUGUGCGGCAUCUCCACCUGCGACACGCUGGGCAUGGCGGACGUGGGCACUGUCUGCGACCCCAGCCGCAGCUGCUCCAUCGUGGAGGAUGACGGGCUGCAGUCGGCCUUCACCGCGGCCCAUGAACUCGGCCACGUGUUCAACAUGCUCCAUGACAACGCCAAGGCCUGUGAGGACCUGAACUCCAGCGGCACCCGGCACAUGAUGGCUCCGGUGAUGUCCUACGUGGACCCCGACCAGCUGUGGUCACCCUGCAGCGCCCGUUUCAUCACAGAUUUCUUGGACAACGGCCAUGGUCACUGCCUCCUGGACAAGCCUCAUGAGCCCCUGCGCCUGCCAGCCCCCUUCCCGGGCAGCAACUAUGACGCAGACCGGCAGUGUCAGCUGACCUUUGGGCCGGACUCCCGCCACUGCCCCAACCUGCACCCACCCUGCUCCUCCCUGUGGUGCACGGGCAAGAUCAACGGGCACUUCAUGUGCCAGACCAAGCACUUCCCUUGGGCAGACGGCACCGCCUGCGGACAGGGCAAGGCUUGCAUGAAUGGACGCUGCAUCAGCAAAGUGGAGAUGAAGGCCUUCAACACUCCCACCCCCGGCGGUUGGGGGCCCUGGGGCCCGUGGGGCGAGUGCUCGCGGAGCUGCGGCGGGGGCGUGCAGUUCUCCACCCGUGAGUGCAACAAGCCCGUCCCACGCAACGGCGGCAAAUACUGUGAGGGCAAGCGCACCCAGUACCGCUCCUGCAGCACCCGGGAGUGCCCGGAUGGCACGGCCCUCACCUUCCGGGAACAGCAAUGCGCCGUCUACAACCACCGCUCAGACCUGUUCAAGGGCUUCCCCGCGCCCAUGGACUGGGUGCCCCGCUACAGCGGAGUGGCCGAGAAGGACCAGUGCAAGCUGACGUGCCAGUCGCGGGCCCUGGGCUACUACUACGUGCUGGAACCGAGGGUUGCGGAUGGGACGCCCUGUUCCCCCGACAGCACCUCGGUCUGCGUGCAGGGGCGCUGCGUCCACGCCGGCUGCGACCGCGUCAUCGGCUCCAAGAAGAAGUUUGACAAGUGCAUGGUGUGCGGGGGAGAUGGGUCCAGCUGCUCCAAGACCUACGGCUCCUUCGCCAAGCCCCGCUACGGUUACAAUGACGUGGUCACCAUCCCAGCUGGGGCCACCCACAUCCUGAUCCGCCAGAGCAGCAGCUCUGCCACGGCCAGCGAUGGCAUCUACCUGGCGCUGCGGAGGCAGGACGGCACCUAUGCCCUGAACGGGAACUAUGUCCUGGUGCCCUCGGAGCUGGACGUCAGCCUGGCGGGCAGCGUGACACUGCGCUACAGCGGGGCCACCAAGGCCACGGAGAUCAUCACAGGCCGCGGGCCACUCCACGAGCCGCUCACCCUGCAGGCACUGGUGGUGAGUGACCACAAAGCCCCCCGGCUCAAAUACACCUUCUUCGAGCCCAAGCAGCAGAAGCGGACGACAGAGCAGUGGCUGAAGCAGAAGGCCCAGAUCCUGGAGAUCCUGAGGAACCGGCGCGGCCGCAAGGAACCCCCCCGGCAUUAG